AGCGCCGAUCAGGUAAAAUCCCUGUAGUAAUCAUAUUCUCCGACAGUCCGUGAAUGCAGCACCAGCUGGCGCUCUGCGUAGAAACAAUCAUGGCGGACACGGUGUCCAGCAGCGACCUCCGGCCUUCAGCCAAACGCAGACGCCUCAACCCCGCCGCCAUUGUCCCUGUCCCCGUCUACUCCAGCAGGGUGAGCAGCAGUCUGCAGCUGAAGCCCUCAGCAUGCCUGCUUGGAGGGAGGGAGAGCUCAGAUGAUGGCGGUGAUGAGAGCUUGUGGGCGGAGUUUAACCCCCGGAGGCCAGCGGUGGUGGAGCUCAGUGACUCCGAGGAGGAACCAGAACCUGGGCGGUUCCGAUCCAAACCUGCAGAGAACCAGCUAGGACACGCUGGCUGCCCGUCCCCGCCGCCGCCUGAGAGCCCGGUCCAGAAGCAGUCCAGCAAGGCCCGGCGGAAGAUCAGUGAGAUCAACAAGAAGCUGCGAGCCGUCAGCGCCGUUCUGUCUCCGGAGCCUCCGGACCAGAGAACCAGUCGGCGCCGGAACCGUCGGAACCAAAGGUCUGACCUGACCGACGACAGUGAUGAUGUCAUCAUCCUGAGCCCGGCGGACGGGUCCGACUCGCCGCGGGAGAUUCCACUGAAGAUCCGCUGCCGGACUGACGUCCACAAGGUUCUGGUGCUGCCGUCGACCCGGCUCAGCGAGGUGUUGGGCCGGCUGGCCGCCAUCCUGGAAGUCCCGCCCCCUCGCCUGCUGCUGCUGAGGGAGGAGCUGGAGCUGCCGGCCGGCGCCACCGUGGGGCAGCUGGGCCUCGGCAUCGCAGACAUCUUGGCCGCAGCCAUGUCUCUGGGUCAGCACUCGUCCGACUCGGCGCCGCUCUUCUCCUCCGACAGCGAGGCCGAGGCGCCGGAGGAGGCGGCCGGGCGGCGUGGGGGCAGCGAGGAGGCGGCCAGCGGCGUGUCGGGCGUCCGCGCGCGGCUCAUCGUCUGCAUCCUCUGCUACAUCAACCUGCUCAACUACAUGGACCGCUUCACCGUGGCAGGAGUUCUUCCGGACAUCGAGAACUACUUCCAGAUCGACGAUGGAAAGUCUGGCUUGUUGCAGACGGUUUUUAUCUGCAGCUACAUGGUGCUGGCUCCUGUGUUUGGUUACCUUGGCGACAGGUACAACAGGAAGUACAUCAUGUGUGGCGGCAUCGCCUUCUGGUCCGUGGUGACCCUGGCCAGCUCCUUCACCCCCCAGCAGCAUUUCUGGGCCCUGCUGCUGACCCGAGGCCUGGUCGGCGUCGGCGAGGCCAGCUACUCCACCAUCGCCCCCACCAUCAUCGCAGACCUCUACGUGAAGGAGAAGAGGACCAGCAUGCUCUCUGUCUUCUACUUCGCUAUCCCUGUGGGCAGCGGCCUGGGCUACAUCGUGGGGUCACAGGUCAGCGCCGUGGCCCAGGACUGGCACUGGGCUCUGCGGGUGACGCCGGCGCUCGGCCUCAUCGCCGUCCUGCUGCUGCUGUUCGUGGUCCGGGAGCCGAAGCGAGGCGCCGUGGAGGCGCGGGCCGAGCUGCACCAGACCAGCUGGCUGACCGACCUGCGGACGCUCAGCAGGAACCGCAGCUUCGUCCUGUCCACUCUGGGCUUCACGGCCGUGGCGUUCGUGACGGGCUCCCUGGCGCUCUGGGCGCCGACCUUCCUGUUCAGAGCCGCCGUGUUCUCCGGGCAGAAGGCGCCGUGCGCGGACGAGGCCCACUGCGCCUCCUCAGAGAGCCUGAUCUUCGGCAUCAUCACCGUCAUCACCGGCGUGCUGGGCGUGUUCAGCGGCGUCCAGGUGAGUCGACACCUGAGGAGGAAGACGCCCCGAGCCGACCCGUAUGUGUGCGCCGCCGGCCUGCUGCUGUCGGCGCCGUUCCUCUACCUGGCCAUCGUGUUCGCUCAGGGAAGCACCGCCGCCACAUACGUCUUCAUCUUCCUAGGAGAAACCUUCCUCUCCAUGAACUGGGCCAUCGUUGCCGACAUCCUGCUGUACGUGGUGGUUCCGACCCGCCGCUCCACGGCUGAAGCUCUGCAGAUCGUCGUCUCUCACCUGCUGGGCGACGCCGGCAGUCCCUACAUGAUCGGAGUGCUGUCCGACUCCCUGCGGAGGUCCGACUCGUUCCUGUGGCGGUUCCGCUCCCUGCAGCUCUCUCUGCUGCUCUGCUCCUUCGUCGCCGUGGUGGGCGGGGCUUUCUUCCUCGCCACCGCCCUCUUCGUGGAGAGCGACCGGACCCGGGCGGAGAGCCACGUCCCCGCAGCCGACGAGCCCAUCGUGGUUCCGAAGAGCGGGCGGUCCACUCGCGUGCCGGUGUCCAGCGUCCUGAUCUGAAGCCCCGCCCCUGCACCUGAUUGGACCGUCCUCCAGAGAAGCUGCUUCAUUGGCUGAACUGGCAGACAGUCAGGAACGCCGCAGCGACCCGGGAGACGGAACCGGGUCGACCCGUUUGGAGCGGCCUUCAGAACCAUGUAGCUUUGUUUUAUAACGUCACUAAUCUUUAAGCUGGUUGGAGCUUCUAACGAAGUUCUGACCCGGUUUGGAUGUUCUGGUUUCAGAACAUUUCAGCCUUUAUUUAAAAUCUGCUUUUAUUUCAUGUUUGAUUUUUGAUUUUAACCUAAUUUUUGUUAAAAACAAAAUAAACUUUUAUCUUUUAGUUUCUUGUGUUUUUAAUCGGAACCAGCAGAAGUUCUGUUCGUGUCGGUUUGGGUUUGAUCCAGUUUGAAUAAAUAAAACAUUUUGUUUUCUCCCUGCA